AUGGAUGCUUCUCCUCCACAGAGACUUGCUUUGAUCAUUGAAGGGUUUAAGCCGGAUAAGGCUAAUCAUCUAUAUUGUGUAUUUCGGUCUUUCUUCUCACAUUUGCGCAUUAUUGUUCAUGAGGUUAAUUUAGAGGGUUUAGCACUAUCUUUGCUGGGUUCUGGGCCUCGGGAGAAGCACUUAUCUGAGUUAACCUAUCGGGAGACCUUUAUUCAUCUUUUAUCUUUGUUGGGGGUCGAACCUGAACACUUUAUCUUUGUCUGUGAUUCUUUGACUGAGCCUUAUGAACGACGAGAAAGGUACUUUCGCUCUGGAUACUCGAUUGAAACCAAUGCUAUCUUUAUCUUAGAGUCGGCUGAAAUACCAGCAAUUCGUUCGGAUUUAGGAGUACGUCCGGAGUACGACUAUUUGGUUAGGGAAGUAAUGGAUAAGUUUGCUAAAGUAUCUUUGAGUGCCGAUGAUUCAGUGACUGUUCAGGCUUUACCACCUGGGAACUCAAUCAAGGAAAGAGUGACUUUGGCCAAUAAAAAGUACUUGGAGAAGCUUUCUCUCCUGCUUGGUGAGUUGAAGAAGCGCGCUAUGUUGUACCGGCGCACGAAAAUAUCCCAGGGUAUCUAUCUGUACAGUCGUUAUAGUACUCUUUAUCUACUCCAUACGGGGUAUACCUUGUUUUUUGUUUACAAGACCAGUAUUUUAGAUCUAGUUAUGAAGAUCUUAUCAAAAACUUCAACUAAGAAGAAAUGGACGAUUUACUUAGCUACGUAUCAUAAACUCGUUCAUACUGAGGAGAAGAAAGAUCGUCGGAAAGAGUCAUUUAGGUCGUUGAAAACAGAGAAUAAGUUCAAGAAGGACUUACGCGGGUUUUGUGAGAAGGAAAGAAUCGGCCAAGUACUUUAUCCUGGUGAUGAGAUAGGAAAAGAGACUGUUUCUCAACUAGGAAAUAUUUCUCAAGUCGAGGCACCUUGUUUAGCUAUUGCUUCAGAGUCCCGAGUUCGAGAUACGAUUGAAACUUUACUUCUUUUAGAGGGAAUGGAUAAGACUUUAGUGGUUUCCUCAGUACCAGUAAUUAAGCUCAUUAUGUGUCAUCUAAAAAGAGUUGAGCCUUCUGAUGUACUUAAGCAAUCUGUACCUCUUCAUGCCGUUAUCAAACUAUCACUUAAGAAUUCCGAGGUUGUAGAAAAGAAGUACUUCAUUACCAAAUUGGAUUAG